AUGCUCUCCCGCGCCGCCGCUCGUACGACCACUUCGCUGGUCUCCCGCCGAGGCUUCCAUGCCACCCGGGCUCGCAUGUCCUCCCCUUACCACUACCCCGAGGGCCCCUACACCAACAUUCCCUUCAACCCUCGCAGCAAGUGGUUCGGUGCUGGCUACUGGGCCUUCAUGGCCACUGGUUUCCUUGCCCCCUUCGGCAUCGCUGUCUACCAGACCUACAAGGAGCAGUAA